AAGCUGGAAAGUAAAGCUGUGGCCAUGUGGAGGCAGUAGUUAGUCAGGCCUAUCUUGCCCACAGACUCCAGUGGAGAUCUGAGCCGCUGCGAGCUGCCUGUUUGCCUCUCCUCAGAUCGAAGAUGGCGGUGUCCGUGUUCUCAGGCGUGCGCCUCCUCUCCAUUGGAGACGCCAAUGGAGACAUACAACGACAUUCAGAGCAGCAGCCUCUGCGGCUGGAGAUCAAAACAACCCAGGACGCGGCUCUGAUAAGCCUAUCAAACAAUGAGGAUACGUGCGUGUUUAAGUGUUCAGUUUCGCAAGAGACAGAAUGCAGUCGUGUUGGGAAGCAAUCCUUCAUCAUUACUCUGGGCUGUAACAGUGUUCUCCUGCAGUUUGCAUCUCCAGCAGAUUUCUUGUCGUUUUAUAAUCUUCUGAAGAAUUGUCGUGGACACAGGGGCGAACACUCGGUCUUUAGUGAGAGGACUGAGGAGUCCUCGGCUGUACAGUAUUUCCAGUUUUAUGGCUACCUCUCUCAGCAACAAAACAUGAUGCAGGAUUACGUCCGAACUGGAACAUAUCAACGGGCCAUCCUCCAAAACCAUACUGACUUCAAGGACAAAGUGGUGUUGGAUGUAGGUUGUGGCUCUGGGAUUCUGUCAUUUUUCGCAGCUCAGGCUGGUGCCCGUAAAGUCUAUGCUGUGGAGGCCAGCACAAUGGCUCAACAUGCAGAGGUUCUUGUGAAUAGUAACCGGCUUUCAGAGCGUGUUGUGGUCAUUCCUGGAAAAGUGGAGGAGGUUUCUUUACCUGAGCAGGUGGACAUUAUCAUCUCUGAACCCAUGGGCUACAUGCUGUUUAAUGAAAGAAUGCUGGAAAGUUACCUACAUGCCAAAAAAUUCCUCAAGCCCAACGGCAAAAUGUUCCCCACCAUUGGAGACGUUCACCUCGCCCCUUUCACAGACGAGCAGCUUUACAUGGAGCAGUUCACUAAGGCCAAUUUCUGGUAUCAGCCAUCUUUUCAUGGUGUGGAUCUGUCUGCGCUGAGAGGAGCUGCAGUCGAUGAAUACUUCAGACAGCCUAUUGUGGACACUUUCGAUAUCAGGAUCCUGAUGGCCAAAUCAGUGAAAUAUACAGUCAACUUUUUAGAAGCUAAAGAAGAGGAUCUUUACAAGAUAGAAAUUCCCUUCAAAUUCCACAUGAUGCAUUCAGGACUUGUGCAUGGACUGGCUUUCUGGUUUGAUGUGGCAUUUAUAGGAUCAGUGAUGACUGUGUGGCUCUCUACAGCUCCCACAGAACCCCUCACUCACUGGUAUCAGGUUCGUUGUCUGCUUCAGUCGCCUCUCUUCGCUAAGGCUGGAGACACAAUGUCAGGCACCGCUGUAUUAAUCGCCAACAAAAGACAAAGCUAUGACAUUAGUGUUGUUGCUCAAGUGGACCAGACAGGCUCCAAGUCCAGUAAUCUACUUGAUCUCAAGAACCCCUUUUUCCGGUACACGGGCACCACACCCACCCCACCUCCUGGGUCACACUAUACCUCUCCUUCUGAGAACAUGUGGAAUACUGGGGGAACCUACAGCAUGAGCCAAGGCAUGGCUGUGUCUGGGAUGCCUACAGCCUAUGACCUCAGCACUGUCAUUGGUGGCAGUGGCUCAACAGUCUCCCACAACAAUCUCAUCCCCCUUGGUACAGAUACGCAUGCACUGAACACGGGGAUUGUGAACCACACUCACUCCAGGAUGGGAUCCAUCAUGAGCACAGGAAUCGUCCAGGGGGCCACAACUGCUCAGCAGGGUCCCAGCAGCAGCAGUCCUCAUUACCCUGUCACCAACCAGUUCACCAUGGGCGGCCCAGCUAUCUCCAUGGCAUCUCCAAUGGCCAUCCCCAGCAACACCAUGCACUACGGGAGCUAAGGCCAACAGACGGCCUCUGCAUGUCCAGACCCCUCCCACCCCCUUCCUUUACGAACCGACCGCAGCCAAAUUUAAAAUACCAAAACCAGUGCACCAGUCUCUGACCAUCACUUUAUCCUCUCUCUCGCUCUCUCUUUAUAUAUAUAUAGAUAUAUACAUGUAUACGUAUAUAUAUAUAUUCUAAACUCUCUUACUCUCACUGGGGUUUUAUUUGUACAUAUCCGUCCCGCAGCCCUGUAACGUCAGCGCGCACCGGCCAGUCGAGAAGUCUGAGGUGUGUAAUUGUUACUUAUCUAUGCCCUCUCCACCGCCAGCAACACACGACGUCUGCUCCACAACCAGCCACCAGGAGGCAGCACUUGUUUGCAAGCAUGCUGUAAAGCACAAUACAGACUCAAGACCGAGUGGAUAAGGAAUUGGUCAAAGCGCUGACAACGGGACAAGACUUUUUUUAUAAAUGCUUUACAGACGUGCACACGUUCCCCGUUAAUACACAAACUCCCACCUUUUAUUCGCACAAACGCUAUCAGUGACUGGAUGUGAAUCGAGACACUUUACUGUCGGCUUUCACGUCUCCCAUGACAUCAACUGGCCAUCGCAUCUCCGUUCAUUCAGCAUGGGCUUUAGACGGCCACUUCGCCACACCUAGAUGUCAUCAAGAGAGAUGGACUCAUGCUGGAAAGUUUGUUUCGGCUAGUAGCUCAAUACCGGUGGAACCUGCCUGUAGACGACCAUAGCAUAGAUAGAGAUUGUCUUACUUUCCAUUCCAUUUCUGACUGUGUUCAUUUAGUGUGUUUUAAUGUAGUGUAGUCCCCGAUUGUAUGCGUGUCGCUUGGUGUUAUCCGAGGUGACUCAGGCAUGGUUUAUCAAGACCUCUUCUGUCAGUCCCCUGCCCCAAAAUCUGACUCCCUUUAAAGAUUGACUGCAUAUGAAUUUAGUCAGCCAAUUAAUAAGGACACACAGAUUUCCUCUGCUACCAGUUAAGGAGGACUGUGGAAUGCUGGGAAGGACAUUCGGCUCUGGGGGAAGGAAUACAGAAGGAUAUAAACAGUAAGGUCUCUGGACACGCACCGACCGCUUCAGCAGGAAACUGUUUGGAAUUGCUGUAUCUUAGUUUACAUCACCCCAAAUCCUUUCUCGUCAACCUCCGUGUGUUGUGAGACUUGUCAAGGGAAGGAAGAGAUGAGUGACUAUUGACUAGCUCUAACUCUCCUCUUCUUUUCCUUCCCUCUCUUAAUCCUUCCCCUCCCACACCGGGUGUACGAUAGCCCCAAAGACUUUCGAGUUUUAUGCAUAGGCAUCACUUCCAGUCACACAUUUUCAGUUUUUCGUUUGAUUUAGCAGCAAUCAUGAGAAAACAACCAUGUCUGCUAGUUUGUAGAAUUAACUUUUUCUUUCACAAAAAAGCAACCGACAUGAAAAGGAGCAAAUUAAAUGUUGGAGAAGUCCCAGAAGUGUGUCAACUUA